UUCAAUAUCUUUUCCAUAGAUCAUGCUUAAUAAGAAAGUAGUAGUGAAGUACACCACUGAUGGAUUCACAGAAUAUUCAUUAAAAGAACAGGUAGAAGAUGUUACACUUGGCGAGCAUGAGGUUUUGGUGAAAAUUAAUUCGUGCGGUCUCUCCAUAGUGAGAGAAAAGACUAUCAAACAAUUCAGUAAAGCAACAACUGAAGGCCAUUACCCAGUUGGUCAUGAAAUAUCAGGAACUGUUGAGUCUAUUGGAUCCAAAGUGACAUUGUGCAAAAGUGAAGAUGAUGUAGCUAGUUUUCUUCCAAUAUCAUCAGAAUAUUCUGGUUGUGGAACAUAUUGUGUAUUAUCAGAGUUUGACAUUGUUGUGAAACCUGACAAAGUGAGUCAUGUUGAUGCUGCUUGCUGUAUUGGCGAUGCUGUUAAAGCCUACACGGCUUUAUUAUACCAAGCUAAGAUGUCAAGUGGUGAAACAGUCGUUGUUACCGGUGCUGCAAGUGGGUAUGGCAUAAUCGCAACGCAAUUGGCUCAAUAUUGGGGAGCGAAGGUUAUUGUAGCGGGUUCAACAGAUGAAGAACUGACUUUCUUAAAAAGCCUGGAGCCUCCUGCCGAUCAAGUUGUAGAUUUACGCAACAAGAGGAAAGAUAUUUUGUCAGUGUGUUUAGAAGAAACAGGUGGUGUUGGAGUGGACUGCUUUCUUGAUAAUGGAGUUGAGAGGUAUCCUGAUGAAUUCAGUGACAAUCUACAGACGAGUAAGAAGAAACUACUUACAAAACAUCAAGUGAUAUCAAGUUUAGCUGUCGGUGGAAGAUGGAUCACUACUCAGCAUGAUUUACAGGUUGAUCCUCCAGACUCGGAACUUCUUUCACUGAAAUGCGCAUCAAUUCAUUACUUAUUUGAAUAUUCGUGGACGCUGUCACGAGGAGCGCAAGGUCGUUAUCUCCAUAUAUUAAAUGAUGUUAUGAAAAAAUUAAGCAAGGGAGUAAUCAGACCAACCGUGCACCAUACAAUCUUGUUGGAUGAUUGCAUCGACAGUUUAAAUAAGUUGGAAGAUUCAACAAUCGGAAAAAUAGUCGUGAAAAUAUAGGCGUAUUGUUUAUCGCGAUGUAAUUCUUUCUGCCGCAAUUUAACUCGAGGUGUUAAUAAGAAGGGUGUGGUGUAAACUAUGCACGGAAUUAAUUUAAGCUGUUAAGGCGAUGUAAUGAUGAUUUGAAGACUCCCUAGAGAUUGAUUUUCAGUUGAUAUAUAAACAAAAGAAAUAUGUUAUGUCGACUAAUUUUGUUUUGUUGUUGUUGUUUAUGAUUUUUAGCUGGAUACUGCGUGUUGGAUACAAUUUCUGUGAAUGAAUGAAGAUUUUACGACGCCUUAGAGGAAACAUAAAUACAAUUACUUAGACGUA